UCCAACGACCAAUCAUAACUCAUUCCAAAUAAGCUUAAUCAACGGACUUUGUAGCCGUUUAUAAAUGCGUUAGUACCGAAUAAAUCUAAAGUGAUGCAGUUUCGUAACGUGAUAACGAAGUAAAGAUGAUUAAGUUUCGAUCGUUAUUAACCGUCACCACAUCGUCCCACAUGGUAUCGAAUAGGAAGCACUCAAAACGAUCCCAUUAUCGGACACAGGUGGCUGCAAAAUUGACUGAUUAGUCACGCAACAUUGAAUUCACCCAGCUGCAAACCGCAAGACCGCGAUAAGGAUUUGUAUCGUCAUUGAGCGGGAUUGAAAAUUUUCAAACAGUUUGCAUUCAAGCGUCAUGGAGAGAGCAGAGAAAAGAUUUUUGGCGAUUUUCGAGAAAAUCAAUCAAAGUAAUGUAUCAAAAGAAAAGUUGAAAAAGUUGGAUGUUGUUAAGAAAUUAAUUGGGACGUCUAAUUUAAUUGAAAAUUCUGAAAGAAAAAUUUCAUACAUGGUUUUUAUAGGAAUUUUUGCUUACAUGGUUUAUUUUUUUAUGGGGCUACGAGGUGAUGAUGAGUGUUUCUUAGAAUUUCCGUUUGAUACAACAAAAGUGUUUCGUGGACCAGUAAAUUGUGACAUAUGCAUCAAUGUAACGACCGUCGAUAAAAUUAAUAACGUUUCUCCUGAUGAUUUUGAUAAAAAUUACGCAUCGAUAGGAAAACCAGUAGUUAUAACAGAUGGUACAAAAGGUUGGAAAGCUGUUGAUUACUUUAGUUUCGAUUUUUUCAAAGAUUUAUAUCAAUCAACCGGAAAUUUCGCCGAUAUAAAACUCGAAUGCCAAUUUUUUCCAUACAAAACAGAGUUUAAAUCUUUAUCAGAUGUUUUAAACAUGAAUCCGGAGCGUGCUCGAUUUGAACCUGGUUCAAAACCUUGGUAUAUAGGUUGGAGUAAUUGUAAUGACGAUGCUGGAAAAAUUUUAAGAACUUAUUAUCAUCGCCCGUAUUUUUUACCGAUAACAUCCGAAAAUAUCGCGUUAAAUUGGAUUUUUAUGGGAGGGAAAGGAUCUGGAGCUCAUAUGCAUGUCGAUGAUGUUACAUAUCCGUCUUGGCAAGCUCAAAUUAAAGGAAGAAAAACUUGGAAGUUAGCACCACCACCUGAAUGUAUGCAUAAAUGUCAAAGAAUGGAGAUUACUGUUGAACCAGGUGAAAUAAUUGUCAUUGAUACAAAUAAAUGGUAUCACCAAACUGAAAUUUUACCAGGAAGUAUUAGUAUAACAAUUGGAGCAGAAUUUGAUUAAAAAAGAUGUUAAGACGUAAUUUGUUAUUUAUUUUUUUCUGUGAUAAUUUAUUUUAAACUUGUAAUCUCAUU